CUACAGCGACGCCUUUGUGCGGCCGUUUCUAUUUCAUCGACCAUGUCCUUGUGACUUUCUCUCAUUACUGCUGCAAAUUUCACUGCUUAAAUUGUCAAUGAAUAUGGCCAACCACGACGGCACGGCUACCUCCUCUCAGCCAGACAUUUCCUUCCCUAUUAAUCGACCUGUUGAGCAGGGCGACUGGACACCCGAGCUCGACACCAGAAUGAGAGCACAGGAGGUGAAGAGCAUUCAGCUUAAAAAGGAGGUUGCAAUGUCACGAGCCUACUUUCCAGGCGGUGAUCGUUCGCUCUCUGGCAUCGCCCUUCGAGCUUUCCUCCUAGGCGUUGUUGGUACAGCCAGUCUCAUGCUCACCCUGGCGCUAAGUUACUAUCAAAGCCGUCUCUGGCGUCCCUUCUCCUUUCUUGCUGCUCUUUGCGUAUUCCACUUUCUCGAGUUCUGGACUACGGCAAGGUACAACACACCGAUCGCUUACGUAUCCUCAUUUCUGCUCACGAAUGGCGACCGAUAUCGACAAGCUCAUACGUUUGCUCUUCUCGAGACGAUCGUUACUUCGUGUUUGUUCCCGGGUUGGCAAGCCCGCCUCAAUCCGCCAUGGGUCAUUGCAUGUGGCAUUGCGAUGAUCGUGGUUGGGCAGGUUGUCCGCAGUGUUGCUAUGAUACAGGCAGGCACAAACUUCAAUCAUCAGGUUCAGUCCCAGAAAAGCGAAGGUCAUGAGUUGGUCACGCAAGGCGUGUAUCGGUACUUUCGUCAUCCAUCCUACUUUGGCUUCUUCUGGUGGGGUAUCGGCACACAGGUCCUGCUGGGAAACUUUGUCAGCCUUGUUGGAUACACAUGCGUUUUGUGGUAUUUCUUCAGUAGACGCAUCUCACACGAGGAGAAACAUCUUAUCGAGUUUUUUGGUAGUGACUAUCGAACUUACAAGGCGAAUACUCGAGUUUGGAUCCCCUUCAUCUAA